UGUUCGCCGAGAUGUGUGGGGGAAAGGACCACGUUGCUACGUUCCUCGCGCGCCUCGAGAAGCGUGGCGUGGAUCCGUCGUCGCUCGCUUGCCUCCCGACCUACCAGAAACUCCUGCAGAAGAGGAGUGCCGCGGCCCUCAGUGUCCACGAGAGUAAUGGUGUGACAAACACGAAGAAGAGAGCCAACAAAGAGGGCCACCAGAGUGCCAACUGGGAGGGGGGCGAAGGCAAGAGCGCCCGGGCACGUGGGCCGUGGGUGGCACUGGUGCUCGGUAUUGUCAGUGCGAUCGUGGGCACGGUUUACCACUACGAACUGCAUACUCAAAAUGGAUUUACGAAAUUUUGGCUUCGCUGGGAGAACAUUGAUCUUCACGCUGAACAGUGUACCAUCGACAUGCCGGCCAGUCUCCAGGACAUGUUUCGGCCGCCUGUGCAGUGUGACAUGUGCAGACAAGUGACUCAUGUCGAGCGCGUCCAUUCAGUCACACCUCAGCUUUUCGAGGAGAGGUACGCUUACACCGGCCGUCCUGUGGUCAUAACAGACGGGCAGAGGAACUGGUCGGCGCCACACGUGUUCUCCUUCGAGUUCUUCAAGUCGAUCUACGCCGACGACUCUCCUGUUCUCGAGAACUUUGAACGCGACUGCCAAUUCUUCCCGUACCAGACCGAGUUCAGGAACCUCCGUCACGUGUUCAACAUGACAGCGGACAGAGUGAACAUGCGCGGGGAACCGUGGUACAUUGGAUGGAGUAACUGCGACUCGUCCGCAGCGAAUAUCCUGCGGGAUCACUACGAGAGGCCCUACUUCCUUCCCCAGGCCGCCGAGUCCUCCAAGACGGAUUGGAUCUUCAUGGGCACUCCGGGAUACGGCGCCCAUAUGCAUAUAGACCACGUGGGGAAUCCCUCUUGGCAGGCACAGAUCCGCGGCAGGAAGCUGUGGACUCUGGAACCCCCUCCAGAGUGCUACUUCCAGUGCAUUCCUAUGGAGGUCGUGGUGGAGCCGGGAGAGAUAAUCGUUCUUGACACCAACAUCUGGUACCACAAGACCCUGAUCGUCUCCGAAGAGCUCAGUAUCACGAUUGGCUCUGAAUACGAUUAGAACCAAGAAGGAAUGCCGUGUGAUGGAACUGCAAUACGUUGAGGAAGGGAGGAAGAGAAGACGAGAAUAAGGCGAGGAGGAAGAGGAGACGAGAAGAUGAAGGGAGGAAGGCGAAAGGAAGAAAGGAAGAAGUAGAAGAGACGAGAAUUUGAAGAAGGAAGGUUUUUUUUGCGUGAAGAAGGUGAUAUAUGAAAGGAUGGAAAGAAAUGACGAGACGUAGAUAAUAAUAAUAAUAAUAA